UUUGAAACCUGCCGCGAUCCCCGAAGUGAUUCAGAGAAAACAGAAUCAAUAGCUACUUCCGGAUACAAAGAGUCAUUUGUAGAUUUUCGUAUUUAAAUGUUGCAAAAAUGGUUAUUAAAUUGUAUACAACGUCGAUGACAACAAAUAGAGAGAUCUUCAACAGACAGAACAGAAUUAAGCAUGUGUUCGACGCGAAAGGAAUUAACUUUGAAGAGAUAGACCUUUGCCAUAACCAAGAAGGUCGGGACCAGAUGCGGGAAAAGGCAGGGAUUCCAGACUUACUUCCUCCAGCCAUUUUCAACGAAGACAGAUAUUGUGGGAAUUUUCAAGAAUUUGAAGACGCGGUAGAGGACAAUUUGUUAAAGGAGUUCCUGAAGUUACAGUGAUGUAUUCCUGAUGCUCAUUUUGUUUUUAAAUAUGGUGCUUAAUAUACCUUUGACCAAAAUCAAAAGAAUGCCAGCUGAAAACUUUGUCAUGGUAUGACAGGAUGUCUGAGUGCUUGAACAAUAGAUAACUGUCUUAGAAACUAUUAACGAAUUUUCAUACACGAGUAUAGUGUUUCCAUGACAUUUUCUCUCACAUUAGUGUUGCACGUACUACCAUUUUGGACAGUCUGUCAACAGAUGUUUGGAUAAAGCUUUUUAUAUCUGUUUAGUGUUUGGUUCCAAACAAUGUUUAUGCUGGCUUAGAAUUGAAUCCUAGAACAAUAUAUAAUAGCGGACCUAUAUCCUUUUUAAUGUUUUACUGAAAUGUAUUCAUUCAAGUGGAUCUAUUACAGUGUAAAUUCAACUUUUUCAUACAGCUGAAAAAAGCAGCAGGUGCGCGAGGGUCUUCGACAAUCUAAAUUUCGAUUGAAUUGAUGAAGUAAACAGACGAUACACCUUCGUCUUCUGACUACUAGGUAAAAUUGAAUUAAAUGGAUGCUUUAUUACUUCAGUCUAGACAUAAAUGCAUGGAAAUAUGCCGUUAGACAUCCAGACGAAUGUGUAAACACGUUUGUAAAAGAAUGGUUCAAUCCUCAUGGAGACGAACUGGCGAAUUCUUUGCUACUCUCUGACCCAAAAUUGUGAAUCUUGAAGAUUUGUACAGACAGGAUGUAACAUGCACUUGGUGUUAUUGAAAAAUUGAAUAAAUUUAACUUUACAGUCCAGAUGCAACAAAAAUGCAUACACCAUGCACACAGACCAAUGUUUACAUGAAAUGAAUUUAAAAUAUGCAUCAAGCCUAGGCAGACUACAGAAUGUCCGAAAGCCAUUAUCCGUGCCAGCACACUCGUAUGUCGUAAUGAAAUAUUUUAAUGAGUGUUCAUAGCUCAAAUAGUCAAAAAGGACUGGUGAUGUCUUUACGAUUUCACACCUCACAACUAAAAACUUGAAAUUGUGAAGAACAAAAUUAUGAAUUUCACGAUUUUACAUUUCACGACUUCACGAUUUUUAACGUGAAAUCCUGACGUAUGAAAUUAUAAACUUCAUGAUUUUACAUUUCACGAUUUUUAAGUACGAAACAAUGAUUGACUUCAAAUUUUCACACUUUUAUAAAAUUAAAAAAAGUUCGUGAAGUUGAGAAGUGUAAAUUAGCGAACUUUAUGCUUUUUUUACUUCGAGAUUUCACGUUGUCUGAAGUUUUAAAAUAUCGUAGAGUGUGAAAUGGUGAGGUUUAUGAUUUCAUACUUCACUAUUUCAAGUUUAGUGAAAACAGUCCGACAAGAAGUCGUGAAAUGUGAAAUUGUGAAAUUUAUGAUUUCUUACUUCUGUUUCAAGUUUUAAGUUGUAAAGUGUGAUGUCAUGAAGGCACCAUCGGUCUUUCGUAGAUUCUCAUGAGAAUUACUGAAAGACACAUGAAAUAAAUGCACUGAUGAUUGAAUGUAUGUUUUACACGUAUGUUUUAAAUGUACAAUUUAAGUCCAAAUGAGGAAAUGUAUGAAAAUUUAACGAGCGUCUUUUCUUGACCUUUUUACUGAUUUAGUAAGUGAUACAACCAUUGAUAAACUGUUACCUUUAGAUGUCGGUCUUCCACUGUUAUACAAUGUAUUUGUGAAUUAUGUUUUAUUAUAUUUGAUAACUUACUAAUAAAAAGUUUACUAUUUCAAAUCGCCAUCACCUGGUCGAGAAAACAAAUUGCAUACUUUGCAAAAAUACCGAGGAUGAGAUCCAUUUUGCUAAAUUCGUAAUUUGAUCAAUAUUUUGUCAUAACUUGUCUUUCAUAUAAAAAUUUGCGGACGCAAAUAUUUCGUUGAUUCAAACGAUAUAGUACAUGUAAUUGAUUAAUACAAGUGUGCCUUAUGAUAAUAAUAAUAAAAGCUUUUUAUAUAGUUAAGAGUUUACAUCUGGUCCUCAAACCUUAAACGUCAAGAAUACAUUUUAUAAUUCAAUCAGUGAUAUGACUUGUUUUGACGACGUCGUUUAUGACGUCAUGACGUUAACGUCUUUCUGUUUUUUUUUACAUUACGUAUAACUUCAUUUUGUCUCCUUUAGAAUACUAUAUAACAUGACUGCGUUAUGUGUUACAUGUACGUUUUAUAUUAGCUUGUAAUUGUAACAAAUAUUACGAAACACCCUGUACAUGUAAUAGGGAUUGUAACUGAGAACAACUGAAUGUGAUCAAUUGAAAAAUGACAUGCGUGUUUUUAAAAUCUUUUCAACAUUUUAAAGGUUUACAUGUGUUUAUUGUCUUUCAUUUAACAUGUUUGAAAGAACGAUGACAUGACGGAAUGAAAACGAAUUUAUGUUACUGACCAAAGGGUAUUUCUGAUAUUUAUUUCAAAUAAAAAUGUACAUAAAAUGAAUGUAAAGCAUUGUCUCACAUAUUUCUACAUAAGUGUUUUAGCUAUCUUACAUUUUUGAUAAUGAGUCUGUAGUUGUAAAAACACACAGAAAUGGAGACAUAAGAUAGAAGUAAAAUACGAGUUCAUUAAAAUUUGUCAUUUCCAUUAUUUUAUUUGAUUUCUUUUAUUCUGAUUUCUUGAUAUGAAAGGGUUAAAAAAAUAGGAAACGUGGAAUUUUAAGUAGUAUUAUCAGUAUUACAGUAUUUUCCUGAUCAUAUCCAAAUAUGUCUUGAUGUAAGACUUUUUAAUUUUGUUUUUUAUCUUUAGUUUUACACCCCUACGUAUAUUUUUAAGGUAGUGGACUGGUAACGACAAUCGACAAGCAGUCUCCGUAUGCGAUCCGCUGUUACGAAAAUAGCCGAGGGAAUCCGAAAUCGCUUACGGAGGAUACGUGAUCACUUGGAAAUUGCCGAUUGUCAUUACGGGUCAAUUAUCUUAAUAUUACCCGAAAAUGGAAUUGCAUAUCCUUAUCUAUAUCACUUACUUUGUGCACGGCUUAAUCCGUGACUCUAGUUACCUCCCCUGACAGUUCGUCCGACGGCUGAAAUGAAAGUGAUAAUUAUGUCACGAGUUGGACUAGUUUUAAAAGUACACGAGACCCAGGAGUAUGCUUAUAUGUAUUUUAAAGCAUGUCCUCAAAGAUGUCAAUUUUUAUGAGCUGCUUAUAUUUUUUAGCUAUCUGUUAAUCAUGUUUUCUCUAAGUGGUACUCAGCCCGUGAACAAAUAUUUAGGCAGAUAUUUUGCAAUAUUUACGUAGGUUUUUGUUACAAACUUAAUUUAUUUUACUAUUCUUGACUUCUAGGUUAGGUGGUAAUCAAACACCCUAAGUGAACAUUAGGAGACGCGGCCGGCUGGCAAAAUUGUAUUUAACAAGAAAUAAGCCUUCCCUUGACACAUACGUUUUUAAUUGUAACUAGAGACAGUGACCCCCUUUGACAGUAGGUUAGAUUGACGGAGAUUUGGUUGCUUAUAAAUUCAAUGACGAGCAAAGUACACGCUUAUGUUAUAUUGUCACAUUUUAAUGAUUUAUUCAGUUGAGAAAAUUCAC